GCCUGGAUAACGCCGGAAGAGGCCCGUGUGAUCACAUCUGUACAGACAUGACUGGGAGCUACCGCUGCGGUUGUAGAGAUGGGUUUGAACUGGGAGCUGAUGGCUUCUCCUGUGUCGAUGCUGAUGCCUGCCGAUCCGACCCUUGUGAGAAUGGGGCAACCUGCCAUGAUGGAAGUGGAAACUACACUUGCGAAUGUCCAAGUGGAUUCAAGGGAGAUGACUGUGAAGUCGCUCCAUGCAGUGAGGACUUCGCACCGCCUAAGAACGGCUUGGCAACGUGCGCUGAUUUUUCCAACGGCGGCCGAUUCUGCACUGUCGCCUGUAACGCCCAACAUGACUUCUACUGCCAACCUGCGCAAAGUUACAGCUGUGACGCGGAGGGCCAGUGGCAUCUGCUCAAUGUCGGUGUGCAUGGGUCAAUCUGUGACGCUGAAGAGCUGCCUGAAGAUGCACCAUGGCCGGACUGCUCUAGGAAACGUUUGGCCUGGAUGUCUCAGAUGACAAAUCAAGUUGACUACUACUACGACGGUGACUGUCAGAGCAACAUUGCUGACAUCAUACUGAUGUUCAACCGCAUUUUUGACACCCUCGGGGCAGCAGCGCCCUCGGGGUCAGGAACGUGCAACAUCACGAACAUCAACGUCGCCUGCGGCGAGUCUGUUCGCUCUUCAUCGGCCGCCACAAACGUCCGAUCUGGCGCUGGUUUCGUCGUGAUGUUUGAUGUGGUCGCCGUCAGCAACUCGCCACCUGACCAGGUUACUGCAGGGGAUCAGACUGACCUGAUGUACCUUCUAGGAGACCUUUCAUUCGAGAUUCAGGACAAGAUCUCUUCCGGAGAGUUCAGCAUGACCAUUGGCGGCAAACUGGCAGUAGGAGCUUCGUACACGAUGACAACCACGCCGGCUUUUAAAACUGACUGCAAUGAUGGACAAAUGGCCUUCAUUGAGAAUUUCUCAGCUUACUGCCUUGACUGUCCUAGAGGCACCUACAAGCCAACAAACAGCUCCACCUGUGUGAAGUGUGACUACCAGGAGUACCAGGACGAGGAGGGACAGUCUACCUGCAAGUCUUGUCCUGCUGGGACAAACGCCGUCUUCAGAGGGGCAAAGGACAUCACGGACUGUAAUGCCCAUUGCGUUGGUGAUGAAGCACCUUGUGCAGAUUGUCAGCUUGUUAGUGGGAGUUUCCGCUGUAAGUGUACUGAUGGAUGGGCAGGCUCCAGUAAUGGCCUGAUCUGUGGACGUGAUGACGACAUGGACGGCUUCUCUGAUGUCCCCAUCUCAUGUGGGAAUGAGACCUGUAUCAUGGACAACUGCCCUAGUGUCUACAACCCUGACCAGCUGGACAUGGACGGUGAUGGGAAAGGAGAUGCUUGUGCCGUGGAUACCGACGGUGAUGGAAUCUGGAACAGCCAGGACAACUGCCCACUGGUCCCCAACCCUGACCAGAUCGACUCGGACGGUGAUGGAGUUGGCAGCAUGUGUGACAACUGUGUCUCCACACCCAACCCUGACCAGACCAACAGUGACGACACCGAGGCUGGGGAUGCCUGUGAGGCAGCGCUGGAAGAGGUCAUCGCUAAGCUCUGUGAGAACCUGCAUGACGGGACCUUCCGUCCCCACCCGUAUGACUGCUCCAUGCACGUGCGAUGUCACCAGGACGGGCAUGAUGCUGUGAUCAACUGUCCUCCGGGCACUCGUUGGAGCCAGGAUCUACUGACCUGUGCCAAUGCGGAUCAAGUCGUCUGUGACUAGCAACGACGAACCCACAAAGACGGACGAACCCCAAAACGGACACACGAGAAAAGCAUCUAUCUGCAUUUUAGCCCAUCUUUCAGCUCUAGUACUAAAAUGCAAUGCUACGAAGGCAACCACAAGAAACUGCAACCGCUCUCUUGCUUGCUUUUCCUCCAAAUGCUA